AUGUUUAAUUCUGGUAAAUAUGGUAAUUUCAUUUGUUAAUAUUUGAUUCUUUUCGAUAUUAUAUCCAUUCACUUGAAGCAUUUGCAAAAAAAAAGUCUUCCUCCAAUCAAAUCUUCCUUUUCAUUAAGACAAAAUUUGAUAAUUCCAAUUAAUUUUGAAAAUAAUGAUAAAAAGUAUGCAUUUAAAAUGAUGAAUAUAUUAAAAAUUUUAAUCCUAAUAAAAAAGAAGGUGUUUUUAUUAGAUUGCUUUUGAUAUAUUUAUAAAAUUCUUCAAAAUUAUUUGAAUUAAUAUUAUUAUUAUUAUUUAUUUGGUUUAAAACAAGUGCCAUCCUUGAAUCUCUAAGAGAAUAACUCUGGAGAUGGAGAAGAAAUCUUAAAUAUGAUCGUAGUCUUUUUAUUCAGAUUAAUUUUAUGGAGAUUGUCUAAAAGAAUCUUAAUCACACUUCAGAGGCACUAUUAUUCUUGAAAUAAAAGUCAGAUCACUGACCUUUAACUAUAUUCUUGUCAAUUAAAUAAGUGAACCUAUUAACAAUACUAAUAAUAAAACCAGAGUGAAUUCCUGUGUAUUUGAAUAAACAUAAGGAAGUCAAAGAUGUCUAUUCUUACUAUAGGUAUGUAAGAGACCUAAAGAUUUUUAAAUUAAAUAGACAAAAUAUUAUUAAGUUUAAAAUAGAUCCUUCUUCGAAUAGAUAGAAAUUAUAAAAGCCAAG